AUGCCGUUUAAACGAAAAAUUACGGAAAAAACGAAAAGUGUGAGUUCUUUGGUUUUGUUCUUGAUGUUUGUUUCUUGUGAUCUUUGCGAAUAACUUAGGCUAACUUGACUUUUAAAAAGUGACAUUUUCGCUGAGAAGUAUUACGAAAUUUUGGGGCGAAAUUACAUCAGCUGACUUUUUUGUUGUUGGUAGAUCGAUAGGUUCACAAAAAAAUGAUGACAAUUUAAAAGGCUAGGCUACAUUGUACCCGGAAAGUUUUUUGUCGAUUUUGUGUGUAGUUUAAUUGUAGGAGUGGUAUUUUUAGGGUAAACUGAAGGAUUUUGGAAUCAGAUUAUUCAGAUUCUAAUGGGACGUCCAAAAAUCAAAAAUUAAAAUUUCACACCUGUCCAAUUUUUGUUCAAAGUUGAAUAACUAUGCUUAGAAUUCAGUUAUUUCUAUCAAAAUUGGACAGGGAAAAAUAAAAAUUGGACAGGCAUGAAAUUUUCAUUUUUCGAUUUUUUGGAAGCCCCAUAAGUGUAUGGAUUAUUUGAAAAACAUUUACGAAGCCCUUAAAGGUGGAGUCCGAGCAAAAAAUAAGUUGUGCUAAUUUGAAAGAGCAUGUUGCAAUUAGUACAAUCCUCGAAGGAUUUUUUCUGAAAGCUUCUCUAACAUUAGAGAAACACAGCUCCAAACGGUUGGAGAUAUGGACUUUCAAGCCAUUUUACACGGUGUUUCACUGUUUUUUCGAACUUUGUAAUUUUUUAACCAAUGUUUGAGAAGCUUCCAGAAAAAAUCCUUCGAGGAUUGUACUAAUUAGAACAUGCUCUUUCAAAUGAGCACAACUUAAUUUUUGCUCGGACUCCACCUUUAAAAACUAAAUUACGAUUUGAAUCAGAUUAUUGUUUCUAAAUAUAGCCCAUGUGCAAUAUAAUUUAUCACAUCACAGACAGAAAAAGCAUUUAAAAAUUCCACGUUUAUUCUCCCCAAAAAAAAUCAAUAAUUUUCAGCACAGUGAUGACGAUGAUACGGAUUUUUCGUCUGAUGACGAAUGUCCACAAAUUGAUGCGGCUGAACAAGCGAGGAUGUUUGAAAGAGAAAGGCUGAUUGCAUUCAGUGGAAGAUGUACGAUUGGAGAUCAUCAGGUUAGAAAAUGGGUUGAAUUUCAGUUUGAAAACAAGUUUUAUAAAAUUAGAUGUUCAUUAGAUUUUGUUCAUAAAUUGAUUUUUCUAAUGAAAAAUCGACUGUGGCCUAGGGGAAAUAAUGAAUGAACUUCUAGUCCUUCAAAUCGGUAAAUCUCAUUUUUUCCAGAGUCUCAACCAACUUCGCGAUGACAUUUCAUUGAGUUGCGAAUGCGCUCCUUCGACAAGCAUCACCAACUACUGUAUGUCGCUCGAAAUUGGCGCCAAAAAUUCGCGGCGAGACCAAACCACUCUGAAAAACUCAUUCGCCCCAAAUCGCCGAAAAAAUGUGAUAAAACUGCCGACGAAAUCAUUUUGCUGUCAAUACGCGAAAAAUGGACAGAUUUUGAUUGUUGCGAGUCAAGAUGAGCGAAUACGAUUUUUCAAGAGGAAUUUCGGGGGAGCGAGAAAUGGCUCGAAAUUGGCGCAUUCAAUGAAAUAUGAGCAAUACAAUGAAUUGCGAGCUGAUACUUGUGUUUGGUCGAUUUUGGAUGUGGCAGUCUCGGAAGACGCCAAAAUACUGUGCUAUUCCACGUGGCGACAAGCGAUUUAUUUGGCGAAUUUGGAAGAGCGAAUUAAUGAAGGUGGUGGGACAAUGUGGAAUCAUAUUGAUUUGGAAGUUGGAAAUGCAAAGUGAGUAGGAAUUUUUUGGAAGAAAUUGUAAAAAUGCGGAUUAAGAUUAAGCUAAACCUACACUUUAUUGUUAGAAUAAAUCCUUGUAAGUCUAGAUUUGAGCUAAGCCUAGGAUUUUUCUAUAAAAAAUUGCAGCUGAAAAUUAUUUAUUUUUUUCAAAAUUUAAAAAAGUGCACUCAUUUUGAAUAGCUCCAAAAAUCCACAUGUUCUCCUUGAAAUUUCCAAAAAUUCCAGCAAUAUGGCCGUUUUCACGAUUCGUUUAUCCAAAGAUUCUCGCCAAAUAAUUUGCGGCGAUUCGGGCCAAAAUAUUCAUGUUUUUGACACGGAAAGAAAAUGUCGACUUCGAACAAUUGGAAAAGCGCACGAUGAUGAUGUGAAUGCGAUUUGUUUUGCCGAUGAUUCGUCAAAUAUGAUUUAUAGUGGUGGAGAUGAUGGAUUAAUUAAGGUAUGGAUCAGAAAUGUGGGGUUUUGGUGAAAAAGUAGCUUAGAAUCAGGAAAAUCGCAAAAUUUUGUACCAAAACGUGAAAUAACCAAACAAUUAAAUAAACAUCGGAUAGGGUGAUUUUGAAAUUGCAAAAUUUUGGUGUUGGAACAGGAAAUUGCCAAAAAUCUUCAAAAAUUCAACCCAUCGAAAAUACGUUUCAAAAAUUUGUUAUUUUAUUGAAAUGAAAUUUUCUGAAAUUCUAUUACAUUUAGUAUCAAAUCCCAAUACAACAAUAAGCUACAAGAACCUGCCCAAAUUCUGAAUAUUUUCUAGGUGUGGGAUCGUCGUGCAUGGUGUGAUCGUGAACUCGAACCAAUCGGAACUUUUGCCGGCCAUCGAGACGGAAUCACAUAUAUAGAUUCACGCGGUGAUGACAGAUAUCUACUAUCCAACUCGAAAGAUCAAACUAUAAAACUGUGGGAUUUGCGAAAAUUCGCGACACCACAAGCAAUUCAAGAAACCCGUCUGGCUGUCAAAUCACACAAAUGGGAUUAUCGAUGGCAACCGGCGCCACCCGGAUUAUGUCAGCCGAUUCCGGGCGACACUUCAAUUAUGACAUUGAGAGGACAUAAUGUAUUGCACACUUUGGUUAGGGCGAAAUUCUCGCCCGAAUCGACGGGAAAACGAUAUAUUUAUACGGGAUGUGCACGCGGUGAAGUGGUUGUUUAUGAUAUUUUGACGGGAGUUGUAAGCAAUCGAUUAAAGGGACAUAUUGGAGUAGUUAGAGAUAUUGAUUGGCAUCCAGAACACAUGGAAAUGGUUUCGGCUUCGGUGAGUUUUUUUCAGGAACAGGGAGGAAAAACAUUAAUAACAUAAAAUUGGGUGAAAUUCAUGGAAAUCAAGAAAAUGACCGUUUAAUUACAAGAAAUACUGAUAAUUGAGCCGAAAUUCAAAAAAUACAAAAUUUUUGCCACUUUUGAGGAAAAAUGAGUUUCUCAAAUUUUAAAUUUUGACUGAACUAAGGGCGGUGCCCCUAGGCGAAACAGUUCUACAAAUCCUCAAAAAUUCCAAAUUUCAAAGAAAAAUCUUUUUUUUUUCGCAUUUUUAAAAUGUUCAUUUAUAAAUUAAAGAAAUAAACAGAUUUUCACGUAGGCAUUCGUGGUCAAGUGGUACGUGACUUUGCCUUCGAAUCUAAGCAUUUUUGACGGGUUCGAUUCCCAGUCGAAGCAUUUUCCUAUAUCCGCUAGGUAUGAUUUUUAAAUUUUCUGAAGAAAAUGUGAAAAAAAUGGUGAAAAAAUGUGCGAAAAAAUUUAUAAUCAGAAUGCAUACCUACGGGAUUCGCGAAUUUUAUGAAAAAAAUUGGUUACUGUAGUUUUUAGGUGCUAUAAACUACAGUAACCCCUGACCAAAUGUCCAUCGAAAAAUGAUGAUUUUAAAUUUUUGAUUAGAUAACAAAUAACACAUUAACUAGAAUGAAAUGAACAUUUAGUUUUGAAACUUUUUCUUCAAAAUUUUACAAAAAAAUCGAUUUUCAAUGAAAAAUGUUUUAUUCAAAAAUCAAUGGAAACUUUCUAAUGAAAAUAUCAAUUUUUAAUAUUUAUUUCAAAAUUUCAGUGGGACGGAGUAACAUCAGUUUGGUAUUGGGACGAACGGGCAAAUCAUGUGACUGCACCAUUUGAUGGUGCACAAUUUGGAGAUGAGGAUUCGUGCGACGAAUCAUUUACGCCAUUUUUACACCAAAAUUUGGACAAAAAUGGAGGAGCUAAACGGUUGAGAAAACAUCGGGUUAUGUAA